AUGGGUCGCGGCCAAACAUACAUGAUGACCAUCAGCUUCUACGUGCUUUCUUAUAUCCUCAUGGCAUCCGCCAAGACGAUUAAUACCUAUGCCGCAGGGUACAUCUUCUAUGUCAUGGGACAGUCCGGAACCAACAUCAUGAACGACAUCAUCAUCUCGGACAUCAGCAAUGCCCGGUGGCGUGGCUUCGCUAUAGGGGUCUCUUUCACCCCGUACCUUGUAACGCCCUGGAUCGCCGGCUUCAUUGCAGACAGUGUUGUGAGCGGGAUCGGCUGGCGCUGGGGUAUUGGCAUGUUUGCCAUUCUCAUGCCGUUCGGUGCGAGUUUCAUCAUCACCACACUUCUGUAUUACCAGAUACGGGCAAAGAAGAUAGGUUUCGUGACACGACAGAGCAUAUCGGUCUAUGAGUUCUGCUCCCAGAUUGAUCUGGGUGGCGUGGUUUUGUUCAGCGGCGGGUUUGCCAUGAUCCUGGUACCACUGACCUUAGCAGCCACGACAACCAGCAAAUGGAAAACCCCAUAUCUCGACGCGCUCCUCGUCAUCGGAACCAUCAUGCUAAUAGCAUUCCCAUUCCACGAACGCAUGGUCUCCCGCCACCCAUUCAUGCCGCCUUCGUACUUCAAGAACUCCACCAUAAGUCUCUGUCUCUUCCUCAUCGCGACGGACUCUCUGGGCUUCUCAUGCACCCACACAUACCUCUACACGUGGGUAACAGUGGCGCGCAAUUUCUCAGCCCGAAACGCCACAUUCUAUAAUGCCACAAAUGGUGUCAUGCAGUGCCUGAUGGCAAUCAUAGCGGGAGUUUUCAUGAUGUGGACGCGCCGCUAUAAGUGGCUGGUGAUCGUCGGUGCCGUCAUUCGCCUCAUCGGUUAUGGCGUCAUGGUUCGUCUUCGAGGAGCAUCCAAUUCUCACUUUGAACUUUUCUUCGUGCAAGUCAUACAGGGUAUUGGAUCGGGUAUCAUGCAGACCAACCUGCUGGUCCCAGCUCAGAUAUCUGUGCCUCACGCACAGAUGCCACAAAUCACCGCAUUGGUCGUUUGUUUCUCAUUCUUGGGCUCGAGUGUUGGUGCUUGUAUUGCGGGUGGUAUAUACACGAACACCAUCGGGGAAGCCUUGAAGCACCACCUCGGGGACGAAGCAACGCCGGCAUUGAUCAACAGCUUGUCGAACUCUAUUCAAGGUGUUGCGCCUGACUGGGGGUCUCCAGAACGAAUUGCGGUGAAUUUGGCUGUGAGUUUUCUCAAAUUCCACCUUGCCGAUAUUGAAAAUAGCUAA